UGGCGUAAAAAUCAGUUGUCUCUGUUUAAAGACGAAGAAAAUAAACAUCGGUUUCGUUGCCCUUGUUGUGCCUGUGGUCGCAUUUACAGUUCCUCUACUUUGCUUCUUACCUCUACCUCUACCUGUGACGUUCUAGGUAAGCGAAUAAAUCUGAGUCGCUAUUCAGCCAUGUUGAGAGCGUGCGUCUGCCGCGCAGCGCGAAGCGAAUCACUCUCAGACUGAUAAAAAAAAUUCGUGCGUUUCCGUCGUCUCGCGAUCUGCGUGUGGUUACUCAUUGCGUGUGAUUAUAAUCAAAGUGUCCUCAUUCCACGCCCAAAAUCUGUUUUCAAAGCGCAGCGCCUCAAGAAACUCUUCGAGUCUCUUCAAUAUGCGAGAGUUGCGCGCCGCCGCAGCAUCAUAAACAAGAGUUGCCGUGUGUGAGCUACUUCCGUGACCCACUUGAAAUCUUUACCCAGCUCAGUGACUGCGUGCCUUUUAAAUUUCAACGCGUGUUAACAUCAAAAUGUUCGAGUUACCUUCUAUCGGAGUGUGAAUGCUGCGCCGUGCGUUGUUAUCAUGUCCACCAGCAAGAAGCAGCAGCCGUAUUUGAUUAAAUCGAAUAGUGUGGACGGCAAUUCGGUGCCGCCACGGUACCAACCGCCUCCACAACCACCUGGUACUAAUCCAGGUAUACUCAAACAUCCAACGAUAAAAGAUGCUGGCAAAAUCUAUCCAGCAAAAGAUUUAAAUCUGGUGAAACAUCAACAAAUACCAUCAUACGCAGGACAACCACAACAACAACAACAGCAGGUUGCUAAUAAAUAUCCGCCGUAUCCGUACCCUGUUGGUCUACCACCAAAUCAGGAAUCGCGCACUCAAGUGCAAAUUCAUCAAAGGCCGCCCGCGUUGGACGAGCCUGGAAUCCCGCAAAUACCACAAAUCCCACAACGUGUUGCGCCGAAUCAUAAUAGAUACGAAGAGGAUUUGAUUCGACAGGCUGAGAUGCUUAAAUUCGUGCGUAAAACAGAUGAUAAUCGGAUUAUUUCCGAUGCGGGACCGAGGCAUAUGCCGGAUCCGAGACACAUGCAAGGCGUUGUUGUUGAAUUGCGUUCGUUGAAAGAAGCAAACCAACGACUGGCGGACGAUAAUCAAGAAUUGCGAGAUCUCUGCUGUUUCCUCGAUGAUGAUCGCCAAAAAGGGCGGAAACUUGCUAGAGAAUGGCAGCGAUUCGGACGAUACACUGCCUCGGUUAUGAGACAGGAAGUAUCCGCAUAUCAAAGCAAACUACGCGAGUUAGACAACAAACAACAGGAGCUCAUAAAAGACAAUCUCGAACUUAAAGAGCUCUGUUUGUACCUGGAUGAAGAACGUGGUAGUACUAUAUGUCCAUCAUGCGGUAGUAGUACUUCUACCACUAAUCUACGUGACGAUGGCGAUGGUUCUAGUUCCAGCACGAAUGCCGAUGAACCACCUGUGCCCCAACAAUUCACGACUGGAAAUCCGCCGCGGCGGUCAGCAAGCCGGGAGCGUCUUUUACAUGAAAAUUUGGCACGCCAAAGGAGCACAUUCAAUGAUCAAAUAAUGCAGUAUGUACGAAGCCUUGAGAACCGCGUCAAGCAGCUCGAAGACGACAAAAGAAGCCUCACGCAUAAAAUCAAUCAGAUUGCGACCAGCAGUGGCGAUGCCACGAUCGCAAUACCGCCCGAAGCAGGUGUGGGUGUUUUGUCAGGUCGACCGGAAGCUGUUGUAAGGGCGCUGCAGGUAUUAGAAGUGCGCGAACAACUCGAACGUGAAGGGAGAUUACCUGAACGCGGUGAAACUAUUGCGCAAGUAACCAAUGGCGACAUGGACGAUGGGGAAAAAGCUCUCGUACGCGAAAUGUGCAAUGUCGUUUGGCGGAAACUGGAGGAAAGCCCGCAGUCAAGACGGUGAACGCCAUCUUUCCCAUAAUUCUCACAUUACAAUGUCCUCGAAGACGUAACUUUUAUUCCGCUUUAACGUGUAUUAUCAAACAUUUAUAUUUAUUGAUUUUGAAUAGUUCUAUCUUAUUGUCUAUGUUAUAUUGUUGUACAAAUUAUUCAUUUUUAAAUAAAAUUUUAUCAAACUA